AAAGAUGUCUGGAGCGCCGAUUCGAGCACAUCAGCGAAAAGUGAAAACUGUCAAAUUCUAUUUAAAUUCUUUGUAAUCAUAGAGUAAGUGUAAAGACAACGCUAACUCAAAGGGCCAAAGAGUUAAGAUGAAAAGGCAGAAACGUAAAACAGACGAGUGUAAGUAAAGAGUAGUUUAAACUUGUUUUCACGAGUCAUUGGAAUCUGGUGAGACAUGAAGUAGGACAUUUCAGUAUCGUUGAUAGCUGAUGAUCACAUGUGUAUGUGUUAGGACAAGAAGAAUGGUUGGUAAGAUUUCCGCACAGCCCCAUACAUUUGUUGUACAUGCAGUAAUCUCAUACUAUUUAGCCGUAUUGCACACAAAAUGAAUUUGCCAUUUCCAAAUCUCCCAGAAUACACCUUGUUUGUACUCCCAGGAUUUUAUAGUUGUACCAAGAGAAAUAGAAGAAAAUGCCCAUGAGAAAUUUUGGGAGGCAAACAAGGUGUAUUGUGUAUUGUGCAAGGGGCAAGUAGGGUCAAAAUAUGUAUUCUAAAAUGGUUCAUUCAGUUGAGGGUGCUCCGGAGUAAGAAUACGCAAAACUGUCAGGUAUAAAUCUCUUUUACUGUGAUUUUUUGACCACUUAAAUGUUACAUUAAUAUUAUAUAAAUUUUAAGCAGAUUUAUAGACAUUGCAAUGCAAUGAAUGCCAAAACAAACAAUUUCUAGAGUUUAUUCCAUUUAUUCUUAUAGAUCAUGCCCUAAAUGUAUGGGGAUGUGGGGAAAUUUUUCUGAACUGAGAAGUCGCCUUUCGCCAAUAAUGCUUCUUUAAAUAGAAGCAAAAGCUCUGAAUUUAAAGUAUUUGAUUUUUUUCAAGAGUAGAGAUACACAUGUAUUCAGUGCUCCUAUUAGUGUGAAUAUUUAUCUGCGAUUCAUCCUUUGAUAGUUUGCUGUGCUGUUGUAUUUUAGCCAGGGCUUGAUCAUACAUGUACUUUCCCCAAUAAUUUAUUUUGGCAAGGCUUGGAUCCAGAUCAGUUUUUGUUUCUAGAGGGCAAAUCAACUUUAACCCAGCUGAUGAAUUGUUACAAUGUACAGAGACUUGGUUGUACCAUCUAGAAACAAAUCAACACCUACUGAUGUUGCCUUUUUAUUAUAAACCUUUUGAUUCAGUCCCCCACCAACGUUUACUUCUUAAGUCAAAAAGUUAUGGAAUUGAAGGUGGUCUGCAGGAGUGGUUUUAGAAAUUUCUUUACUAAUCGUCAGCAGCAUGUGUUUGUGUGCAGCACUUAUUCUUCACAGUCUCCCAUCCGGAAUACUUCAGGGAACAAUUUUAGGGCAACUCUUUUGUUCCUCACAUAUUUUUUUGUUUGUUUCUUUUUUUCUUUUCUUUUCUUUUCUUUUCUUUUAUCUUAUAUAUUUAUAUGCAUUUGUAUUGUUAAAAGUUGUUGGUUUUUUCAUGUAUGAUAAUGUUAUGUCAUCCAACAUAUCCUCAUCUCUUAAAAUGUAUGCUGAUAACACAAAAGUGUACAGAGAGCCGUCCAACUUGGAAACUAAUACACGUACCCUUCAAUUUGAUAUCAACCCUUUAAAUGGUGAGGUAACUCUGUGGAUUAACUCUGGGGUUUAUAUCUGGAAAAUGGAAAACAAUAUCCUCCUAUACAAUGGAACUGGAACUAAAGUCUGUCAAACGUGCAAAAGGUCUUGGCGUCCUGAUUUGUCUGACUUAUCAUACACACUUACGAUGUAAAAUUAACAUGAAAGUGAAGCCUAAAGGCAACCAGAUUUCCCACAAACUUCAAAAAAAGUAAAUAGGGUGGCUAAAGCAAGAAUGAGUUCUGAUUUAGAGAUUAAAAUUAACCCCAAAAGAUAUUCCUCGAGCAGUUAUAGUAAAUGAAUGACAAUGAAAAGUGGACAGUGGAGAAACUAACCUUUGGCAAGGAUCCUUUGGAAACACAUGAAACAUCAAGUCUUUCUAUUAUCGGAAUUAUUAUGAGAAAGCGCAGCAGUGCAGCAUUUGUAAGAACUAUUUUUGGUCCUAGUUGUAGGAUGGGCUUCUGCCAUUUUUUAUGCGAUGUGGCCCUUAGGCCUUGCUUUCAUGCUUACGUCAUAAGUGUGUAUUAUGUUGAUGCCGUGGUAAACCAGGCAAACAUGUAUGUUGUUAUGUUAUGUUAUUUCUUUACUUUCCUACUGCAGCUUCAAAAUCAUCAAAAAAAGCAAAGAAAAGUAAGGUGUGUAUGCACAGAAUAAUUAUUUUUACAUUUCACAUUGUGCUAAUAAUUAUUAUUUUUGUUUAUUUGUUAAAAUUAUUAUACAAUUAUUCUUAAGGAUUGCUUUAUGGGUUAAGAAUGUGGUCCGGAUCCUGUCUUGGAUGGAGUCUAUCAGGUUUUUGAACAGGUGUAAAAGUUACAACUGCAGCUGAUAUGAGCAAUGAAAUGCAGAAUGUUAUGUUAGUGGUGAAAUCCCUAACUCACCAUGACAUUAAGACCCUUCCUUUAAAAUCUAAGACUCUGUGGCAAGUAAAUUAUGACUUUGGGGCAGAGAAACACCACCACUGGUGUUUCAGGGAUUUCAAGAUCUAAGACAUUUUCUGACACCCACAGUUUUGUAGAUACUACAUGUAUACCCCUACGUUCAGUUCCAUGGUGUUUUGGUUCUGCUGUGAAUACACUUUGAAUAAUGUAUUUUUAAAAGGGAAUCCUGUCAUUUUUAGGUGGAAGAAGAAGAAGAUUUUGGAGACAAUGAAUCUGUAGCUGAUGAUGGUGAGUAAAUUGUAUAAUAAGUGGUUUAGAACUGAGUAACAUACUGAAGAAGAAAGGGCUGCAUACGUUGAACAAACACUCUUACAGCAUCGUUCAGUCUCGCUUGCUUGGAGAUUAGAUUGAGAGAUGAGGAGGCGAUUAAUUCUACACAAAACAGAAUUUACUGGCUUAAGGUUUUUUAUUUACUUCCUACUUGAGCAAUGUCGAGUAUUCUUCAGGAUAUUUACUUUUUAUUUAUUUCUGAAUUGAUUUAGUAUGCAUUUUAGCGACAACCCCAAAUACGUGUGCGGUCGCAGGCUAUAUGCGUGUAUAAAUACACGAAAAUUCAAGGGCCUCGAUUACAUCAUUGCCAGACAUCAAAAAAGUGAUUUACAUGGUACGUCAUUUCAGUCAUCACCAAAAAUAAACUGCGUGUUCAUCACAAGACCAUUUACAUACAAUGACAUUUUACGACACCCGACCAUCGCAGAUUUGCUAAUUAAGGUUCUUAUUUUUUUUCGACCACUCAGUAUUUUUCACUUGUUCCAAAGUAAUCAACGUUUUCAAAAAAUAGAAUUCAUGGAACGACACAUCACAGAAAAUCUCUAAAUUUAAUCUUACCUAAGCUUUCUUUGCAAAACAUGCAUGGCUUCGGUCAUGCAACAUUUGGAACAAUGACCCCCCUUUUGUGUUAUAAAUACGGGGAAAAACGGGUUGCAGAGUCUCGCUGCUUGCCCAAGGGAGACUUACUAUUAUUGGCUUUACAUGUAGCCAUUCUUUUAAUCCGGGCUUCUAUAUUUCUCAUAGUCGUGGAGCCACGAAUUUCAGGUAAAUCUGCAAAAUCACACAAAAUUCACAAAAACACGCAAAAUACUAAAAUUUGGUAGAAAUCUUAUCAAAUACACAUGUCUAUACAACAUAUUUGAAACUUAUCUCAGCUAUUGGGCCUAUUUACUUGCCGUAAACUUGCAAAUUUACAUGUAUCUUUAAACUUUGUCACUGAAACGUGCAAACAGCUUUUCAAAACUACCAGGCAUAUUAUCUUGCGAAAACUGGGCACUAGCCACGAUGCUAAAGGCUUUGCCAUUUCUUCAUUUCUGGAGCGUAUUGUUGUUGAAAGUCGGUUAGAGCAAAUGAUGACCUCUGUUAGAAAAACGUUAAAAGCCCUGGCCCUGCGAAGUUUGCCCCCGAAAAUUUGUGCAAAAUUCCCACAAAAUCACCCAAUUUCUCUGCAAAUUUGUCCCUAAAAAUCCCGCGAAAUUUGACUUUUUUUGCUGCGACCUAUCAGAAGCCCUGAUUAAUGCCAUGGGUCUUUUGGAGUUUUGUCUUAAUAAAUUUUACCUCUACUGAGUGAUCAUGAAGGACUCAAUUUGCAUUUAGGGACCGUUCAUUAUUUAUCGGAGGGGGAGGGGAUGGGUGAGAAAUUAACAAGUCUUCUUUUUUUCCCAUGACCCCCCCUAAGAAAAACUGGAUUUUUCAUGCAGGUCUCCCCUAUUCUAUUAGGGGAGCAUUUCAAUCCCCCCCUCAGCUUACUCACACUCACUAAACAGUUUUACUGAACAAAUGCAUACCGUUUUUUUCUGAGGAUGCAGUGAUGUAGCGGUUUAAUAGCAUUUUGGACUUCAGAUCUAAAUGUCACUGGCUUGAAGGCACAUCACUGCCAUGGUGUUUAAUUUCUUGUUUGUUUUACAAAGACAAGAAACUUUCUCCCAAGGUGUCUUUCCACCCAGUAGAGCAAAUAAUUAAUGGCAAUCUUCCCUCCUACAAGGAGUAGCAAUAUGUCAGUUGCUUGAAUCAUGAUACAGAAAGAAGCUUAUAAGCUCCAUUCAAGUGGGCCUCCAGUGGCUUGCAUGAGAUUUACUGUAUUUUUUUUUUAAAGAAAAGCAUUCUUCCAGGAGCCUACCACUCUCCCACUGCGUGUGGUGGUCAUAAGCUGUAGCUCGUCACUGGACAUGUCAUCCGAGCUGCCUAACUCCACUCUAACUUCAUCCUCAUCCUUGUAAUUAUAAAUCAUACCCUGUGACUGCACCACAAUACUGUGUAAGACUGUACUCUAAGAAGAAUCAUAGGGAUCCCAAAGGCUGUCAGCCCUAAAAUCUGGGGUACCCAGCUCUUAUUAGCACACUAAAAUAUAUCUUGUUGUUUUUUAUUAAAGACUUUGUUUCUUUAAAAUUUUAAGGGCCCCCCUCAAUAACAAGUAAUCUACCCCAGGACCCCCUCUUUUGCAGUGGCUAAAACUUUGAGUCCCCCCAUUUUCUCACCCAUCCCUCCCCACUCGGAUAAAUAAUGAACAGUCCCUUAUCCUUGUGAAGCUGAUGUUGAUAAAUUCAUUUCAUAUUGCAUAUUUUUAAUACAUAUUUAAGAAUAAAGUGUGACAGUAAGACAAAAAAGAAGGAGAUGAGACAAAGAAGUAGGAGUCAUUACAACAGGAUAUUUGUGGCCGGUCACCCAACCAGUAAUUUAUAAGCCACACCUGACAGUGCCCAACAAAUUUUUCAAGGGUUUGCAAGACACUUGUUUCUAAGCCAUUAACUUAUUGCUGAAGAUCCGUUUAAAGUAAAUGUAAAUCCUUAACUCACUAGGUUGGUCAGCAGUAGCAGAAAGAGCCUAGAAGCAUUGCUUCCAUCCCCCUACCUCCACCCUUUAAAUAUUCCUCUUCCCACCCAAAGGAAAAUGCAAGAACGUUCCUUACAUUUUUACCGAUUACAUUAUCUCUAAUGCCUGGUUUGCAUAUGAUCGUCCAGAUCGCCCCAAUCAAUUAAAAAAAUUUCAAGACUGGCUGGACAGUUGGUAGUUUCCAUAUAACCAUCUUGAUGACCUCAAAGACAAGAGAUGCGUGGUCAUCAGCGAUAUUUCUGAGUCAGACAAUAUGUAAUAUUUGUGCAUGUUUUCCAAACAAGCCAAACAUAUAAUGGUGGAUUUUAAUAUUGGAGAGCAAACCUGGUAGCUUGCUAUCUGCUUUUCCCCUCGAUUUUGUGGCCUAUAGACAAGCUAGAAGAGUUCCAUGAAGACAUAGUAUCAUGUUCAGAACUUGAUGUAACAGACUUUUUGUUUUUCAAAUAGUGCCCGUAUGUGGUGUGAACAUUUUUGUAUUAUUUUUUUCGACUUUAGUGGCGUCCUGACCAAAUUUAUUCCUUAUUACUGGACUAAGAGUAAUGAUUCCUGGGAUAGCCUUGAUUGUCCCAAUCGUCUCAGUCAUCUGAGAGCAUUUCCAUAUGAUUACUUCAAAAUUUACACUAUUGUUGCAAUUGUCUGGAUGGAACUAAAUUCUAUCAGUCGUCCCAGUUGUCCGGGUCAUUUGGGUUCAUCUGAGUAGUGUUUCCAUAAUUAUGAUCAUCCUGAUCGUCUGAACAGUAUUUGACACAACUGUGAUGAUCAGGACGAUGUGGACAAUCACAUGGAAACCAGGCUUAAGGAAGCAAUCAGGUGUACAAGUUGUAUACCUGAGCUUUGUUAGACAAUAUUGAGGAAAGGGUGUCUUGUACUGUGUUGUUAAAGGAAACAACGUAGCAUUUAAGACCAGGUCUUGUAUAAUAACUGUGAAUUGUCCAUCUGUUUGACAGCUGAUGUUGCACCCAAGUCCUCAUCCGCGGCUGUCACAGAUGAAACCAUUGAGGUCAGUUAAAUACUGCUGUAGUCUAUAUAAUAUUCACUUCUAUUGGUGUGUACAAACUCAUUGAUGCAAUGUAUUUUGAUGUUGUAAUAAUUCUAGGAUGAGUUUGGAGCUAAAGACUACCGUAAGAUAAUUGAGUUGAAAGCUGACCAUUCAUCCAGACCUCUCUGGGUGGUAAGUUAAAAAAGUAGCUGAUGUUAUAACUUCUUUCUCACAAAAAUUACAUUGGCUAUAUGUGAAGUAAGGGUGACUGAUCGAUCAGGGGAAACUCUCUUGAAGAAACCUACAUGUAAUAACAGGUGUGCACAGCUCAACAGAUUUACAAUUCUGAUUUUUUUUUUUCAAGUUUAAAAUCUAGAACUGAUUAUUUAUUUUCGGGACAUUUUCUAUAACAGAUUGUAAUAUUUCAAAUGCAGAAGAGCUUCAGUCUGUUCACACUAUCUAUGGGGAAAAUAUACCAAGAAUUGGGGUAUUAGACUAGAUAACGAUUUUUAAAGUAGAAUUCGUUUGGAAUGUGAUCUAAACUUGCUGCCCUAGGAGCAAGUCCCUGCCCAGAUAUUUACUAGAGCAACAUUCAGCAACUAUUCCUUUCAUGGGAGAUCCAAAUUGUUCACAUAAAAAUACACAGUCAUACUCACAGUGUCUGUUUUGUGCCUAGAGAGCCAUACAUAUUAAUUUUGUAAUGAGUGUUGAUCAGUAUGUAAAGGGGUGACCUUAGUCUAAUGCUGGUAGGGACCUGUAGACCUGUAGGUGUCCAUUACUAAGAGAGAGUUGACUGAAUUUAGAAUUAGUUUUGGACAUCUAUGAUGUAAUACUGCCAUGCCGGGUGACUCAGUGCAGGCGUUCGUGUACUACAAACUGUGCUACAGUAGUAACAGUGCAUUGUUCCAGGAAGUAUCUAUUUCCUACACACCAUCCUUGCCCAACAAGGGAUUCUUUGGCUUGAGUACCCCAUCCUUCCUACUGGCAUAAAUUGCUUUUAAGCUUAAAAUUUUGUUCAUCUGUGCAUUAGUAUUGUUUGAGUUUCUAUUGCUUUUUUUUUUUUUCAGGCUCCUGAUGGACACAUUUUCUUAGAGUCGUUUUCUCCUGUGUACAAACACGCUCAUGACUUUCUUAUUGCUAUUUCUGAGGUUUGUUAUUUUAACUUUUUUUAGUUUUGGUAAAACCAAAAUUACAUUGUCAAAAUAGAUCGUUUUCACUGUCACGCAACAAAAAGAUAAAUUCGAAACUGUCUAGUGGAAGAAGCCAAGAAAAUGAAAUUUAAUAAACGACUACUAUAUAAACAAUUUGUCCAAGUCUCAGGUCUUUGUGGCCCACAGUUUCUGAGUUAUUUGCCAAAACAUUUUGUAGAGCUUUGUACACCGGAAAUCAACAAAAACAUCUGGAGUUCACUUUUUCUAUAAAAGCUCUUUCUUUUCACUCAAGAAAUUGCAUACCUGCACAUAAACAUAUCUUCUAAUACUUAAAAUGGUUAUACUGCUGAAAAUUAAGAGGAGAGUUUUUUUUUCAAUGAGGCAGCAUUCCUGUUAUGGUGUCAUGCACUGUGAAAACUCGGAAGUUCAAAUUGCUGUAUUUUCGAAAUGAAACAUGCUACGGAAAUGGAAACUUGUACAAAGAUUUACUCUUUGUUUAUCUUCUACCUAGAGUAAAUGAGAAUUCGUAAAACCUCACUAUUUUAACUUUACAAUUUGAUGACAUCAUUGUGAAAACCAUCUAUAGCUGUCCAAGGCAAAGUUGCUAGACCUUAUUAGAAAUUUAGUGAUCUUUCUUUCUCCUUUUGCUUGACAGCCUGUUUGUAGACCAGAGCAUAUCCAUGAAUAUAGGUAGGUAUGAGUGUAUAUGAUAUGUGCAAUAGAAAACCCUCCAUAAGUUGAUCAAAUAGCAUUGUGCGUGUAAGUGCAAGUGGUCCAUAUUAGGACUGCUGUUUUGACAGCUUUUGCUGAAGUUGUCAUUACGGAAGAGCGCCUGUAGAUCCGUGUCGCCCGCAAAAUCACUGGUCCCAUGACUAUUUGCGCGCUCACAAAGGAAGCCGACGCAUGUCGUGUCCUUUGAUUCAAGACUCAAGUGUUAGGGUAUUGUUUCCACGAUACAAAGGUAAUUUAACUUAAGAAAAUCUAUAGAUCGAAAAUUCGCACUACUCUCUGUUUUAUAAGGAAAUGCAAACGCUCAACUUGAUAAAUAUUUUGACUUCAUAACAUAUUUUAACGAUUUAGGCCAGCAGAAUGUAUAGAAUUCCAGGAAAACAAUUCAGGAAGCCGAACAGUUUUGAACUGCGCUAGACGUUAUUUUUAUCAGUAUGCAAAUCACCUACCCAAUCACUUACUUUCCAUCGAACUGAAAUAUCCUGACUUUUUUGCUGGAGACAAAAAUAUCGAUUUUGAAUUCCCAAAUGCUUGCCUUUUGGGGCACCCCUUUUUAUUUUGGCUAUCAAGAUUUUAAAAGCUAAGCUUCAGACUUUCCAUUCCAACGUUUUAAUGCGGGAAAGCUAGGAGAAAUGCUCCAACUGAUUUAAGUCACGCAACACGCUUUAAGACCGCAUAACUUGAUCUUUCUGUUAUCUUUUGUUCUUCUAUUGUCUCCAAAACAAUAACGAUGUCUUACCAAUUUCCACCUACGAAUAAUAGGACACAUUUGAUUGACAGAAAAAUUUGCAUUUACUAGCGACGCGUAUCUACAGGCGCGAUUCCGUAAUGUUAUGCAUGUUGCAUAUCAUCCGUUUUUGGUAUUAGGCUCUAGAUAUUAACCUGAUUGAUCAAUUAAGUUGCACUGUUUCUAAUUAUUGGUCAUUUAAAAUAAGCCAUUAUAAUUUAUCAUUGCUUGUCAAGACUCGUUAAGUGGGUGGUGAUUUUGAUGUGUCUGUUGUGAAUGUAAUAGAUGGGUCUCUUUUUUAUUCUUUUACUUUUCCUCACUGUUAAAAAAGUUUUGUUGAUGCAUGUUCUAUUUCAGGCUGACUGCAUACUCUUUGUAUGCUGCUGUUUCUGUUGGUCUCCAGGUAAUAUUUAAGUCAGAAUACAAUCAUGUAUUAAUCAAAACAUUUCUUACUUACUUACUUUUGGAUAAGAACAGCCAAAUAAUAGAUUGCUUAAAAUCAACUUUUUGAGAAACAGAGUACCUUAAUAUAUUUUAAAACAUAUAUAUUUUUGGGAAUGACACUGAAGAGUGAACCUCUUUUUACUGGUAGUUUUAACCAAUGUUUUAAAGAACAUCAGGAUCCAUUAACAUAUCCUGUAAAAUAAUUGUUUUGUUAUACAUGUAUCACAUUAUAGGAGCAUUUUUUUUUUAUUUAGACAGCCAUAUGGUGAUUUCUACCAAAGCUAUCUUAAGAAUGAAUUAUAUCCUUGGCGAGAAGUAUUCUUUGUGUUUUUUUGUUCUUUUGUCCUUUCUGUUCCAGACAAGUGAUAUCAUUGAAUAUCUCAGACGACUCAGCAAAACAACAAUCCCAGAUGGAAUAAUCCAGUUUAUCAAGGUACAAUGUUGCUACUUUAAUUUCAACAUAUAUUUUUGUUUGUGCAGGAAGUUUUAAUUUUUUAUGGAAUUGCCUCUGGUGAACAGAAACUUUGCAGGUUAAAAAGGACCUAGUUAGGUUUGUGUUCGCGAAAGCAUUGAAUGAAUGUAAGUAAGGGCUAUUCCUUUAGUCAAUCAAUGAGAUGUAACUUUCCCUCUUCUUUGCCGUUAGUUUGUAUAAAAAGAUGGUGCUGAUAUACACAUUUCUCCAUGCUUCACUCUAAAAACUCUCUUUGUGAAAUUAAUCUGUUGUUAUCCUUAUUCACUCUCUUUCAUUGUUAACGGAUAAAGAUUGAUCUGGCAUGGCAAGUGCCUUGAGGAAUAAGGGUGGAUCUGGCCUGGGGCAGUCGACUUGAGGAAAAGGGUGGACCUAACAGUAGAAACAGCCUUAAGGAAAAUGUAUGGAUUGGCAUGGGAAGCAGCAUUAAGAAAUAGUACUGGAUCUGGCAAGAGCAACAGCUCUUGCCAGCCCCACUACUAUGCUAUUCCUUGAGGAGUAAUUGUCGAUGUGGCAGAGGUAACAAUCUUAAGGAAAAAGGUAGAUUGGAAGGGGAAGCAGCCUUGAAUAAAACCGGUGGAUCUGGCAGGAGCAGCAGCCUUACUGAAUGAGGGUGGAUCUGGCAGUGGCAGCAGCCUUGAAGGAUAAUGGUCGAUCUGGCAAGAGUAGCAUCUUUACAGAAUAAGGGUGGAUCUGGCAGUGGCAGCAACCUUGAAGAAUAAUGGUUGAUCUGGCAGUGGUAGCAUCCUUGAAGAAUAAUGGUGGAUCUGGCAGUGGCAGCAGCCUUAUAGAAUAAGGGUGGAUCUGGCAGUGGCAGCAGUCUUAUGGAAUAAGGGUGGAUCUGGCAGUGGUAGCAGCCUUGAAGAAUAAUGGUGGAUCUGGCAGGGGCAGCAGCCUUACAGAAUAAGGGUGGAUCUGGCAGUGGCAGCAGCCGUGAAGAAUAAUGGUGGAUCUGGCAGUGGCAGCAUCCUUAUGGAAUAAGGGUGGAUCUGGCAGUGGUAGCAGCAGUCUUAUCUGGAAUUUUUAUGGAAUGGUGAUCUGGCAGUGGUAGCAUAAAGAUAGAUCUGACAAGGGCAAGAAUAAUAAAAGUGAGUGGAUCUGGCAAAGAUGGAUCUGGCAAGACCAGCAGCCUUUGGGAAGAAAAGUAGAUCUGGCCAGUGGAAGCAACCUUGAGGAGUAAGGAUGGAUCUGGCAGGGGACACAACCUUGGGGGAUAAGGGUGGAUCUGGCAGGGGUAACAGUCUUGAGGAGUAAGGGUGGAUCUGGCAGGGGCAGCAGCCGUGAAGAAUAACGGUGGAUCUGGCAGUGGCAGCAUCCUUAUGGAAUAAGGGUGGAUCUGGCAGUGGUAGCAGCCUCGAAGAAUAGUGGUGGAUCUGGCAGUGGUAGCAGCCUUGUUACGAAAUGAGGGUGGAUCUGGCAGUGGCAGCAACCUUUAAGAAUAAAGAUAGAUCUGACAAGGGUAGCAGCCUUGAAGGAUAAAAGUGAGUCUGGCAGGAGAAAGCCUUAAGGAAUAAAGAUGGAUCUGGCAAGACCAGCAGCCUUUGGGAAGAAAAGUAGAUCUGGCCAGUGGAAGCAACCUUGAGGAAUAAGGAUGGAUCUGGCAGGGGACACAACCUUGGGGGAUAAGGGUGGAUCUGGCAUCUGGGGCAGCAGUCGUGAAGAAUAAUGGUGGAUCUGGGUGGCAGUCUUGAUGGAAUAAGGGUGGAUCUGGCAGGGUAGCAGCAAGAAUAGUGGUGGAUCUGGCAGUGGUAAGAAGAAUAAUGGUGGGAUCUGGCAGUGGCAGCAUCCUUGAUAAAAGGAAUAAGGAAUAAAGAUGGAUCUGGAUCUGGCCAGUGGUAGCAACCUAAGGAUGGAUCUGGCAGGGGAAUAACUUUGGGUGGUGGAUCUGGCAGUGGGGGAUAAGCUGGCAGUGGUAGCAGCCUUGAAGAAUAGUUGUGGAUCUGGCAGGGGCAGCAUCCUUAUGGAAUAAGGGUGGAUCUGGCAGUGGUAGCAGCCUCGAAGAAUAGUGGUGGAUCUGGCAGUGGUAGCAGCCUUGAAGAAUAGUUGUGGAUCUGGCAGGGGCAGCAUCCUUACGGAGUGAGGGUGGAUCUGGCAGUGGCAGCAGCCUUUAAGAAUAAAGGUAGAUCUGGCAAGGGCAGCAGCCUUGAAGGAUAAAAGUGAGUCUGGCAGGAGAAAGCCUUAAGGAAUAAAGAUGGAUCUGGCAAGACCAGCAGCCUUUGGGAAGAAAAGUAGAUCUGGCCAGUGGAAGCAACCUUGAGGAAUAAGGAUGGAUCUGGCAGGGGACACAACCUUGGGGGAUAAGGGUGGAUCUGACAGGGGUAACAGUCUUGAGGAGUAAGGGUGGAUCUGGCCGGUGUUACAGCCAUAGGAAAUAAGGCUGGAUCUGGCAGGGGUAACAGCCAUUAUAAAUAAGGGUGGAUCUGGCCAGGGUUACAGCCAUAGGACAUAAGGGUGGAUCUGGCAGGGGUAACAGCAAUUAGAGAUAAGGGUGGAUCUGGCUGGUGUAACGGCCAUAGGAAAUAAGGGUGGAUCUGGCAGGGGUAACAGCCAUUAGAAAUAUGGGUGGAUCUGGCAGGGGUAACAGCCAUAGCAAAUAAAGGUUGAUCUGGCAGGGGUGGCAGCCAUAGCAAAUAAAGGUCGAUCUGGCAGGGGUGACAGCCAUAAGAAAUGAGGGUGGAUCUGGCAGGGGUAGCAGCCAUAAGAAAUAAGGGUGGAUGUGGCAGGGGUAACAGCCAUAGGAGAUGAGGGUGGAUCUGGCAGGGGUAACAGCCAUACGAAAUAAAGGUGGAUCUGGCAGGGAUAACAGACAUAAGAAAUAAGGGUGGAUCUGGCAGGGGUAACAGCCAUAACAAAUAAGCGUGGAUCUGGCAGGGGCAACAGCCUUGAGGAAUAAGGGUGGAGCUGGAAAGGUGCAACAUCCUGGAGGAAUGAGAGUGAAUCUGUCAGAGGCAGUCACCUUUUGGAUGGAUCUUGCAGGGGUGGCAUCCUGACCAAAACCACUGCCUGAGGCUCCUGGCUCUGCUGAGUCCUGCUCAGCGCCAUAUACUGUAAAAAGAAAAUAUAUACAAUUUGUACAUAAAUGACUGUUAUUUUUUAAAGGGUUCUUUGGAAAAGUUAAUGUGGAAAGCAAUCCAUCUUAGUGUGAUCUUUUACUCACACUUCAGCGAAAUUACACACAUAAACAUUAUCAGGUUAUAGUGUGAAUGCAGCAAUUUUUCAUUAUUUUACAGUUUUUAACAAGUUAUAUUUUUUUGCAAACUUUUCUUAAGUUUCUGACUUUGCUUUUUAGAUUUGUACAUUGAGUUAUGGCAAAGUCAAACUUGUGUUGAAGCACAACAGAUACUUUGUAGAAAGCAGUUAUCCGGUGAGUUGCCUCCCAGCUCUGAGGAGUACUUUUGACUUUUAAAAUGACCUUAUUUAGCAUCCUGUAUAGCUUCAACCAAAAAGACCGCAUUUAUUGUAAUUAUUAUUAAUUUUUAUGGCCAAAAAUACUUUGAAAUUGAGCACAGUCCAAAUUCUUGAUUAAGUAGUACAUAAGUAUGUGAUGAUCAGUUGCCAAUUUUUAUAGGAGAUGGAUGGCAUGUUAAACCAUGGUUAAACGAAGUGGCUGAAAUGCAUCUGGCUUGAUUGUAUUUAUUUUCAGCUCAAAUCUGUUACAGUACAUUUAAACUUUUAAUCUUUUUUUGCUAAUAGGAAGUACUUCAGCACCUUCUUAGAGACGAAGAAAUUGAGCAAUGUCGGAAACGAACAGAUGAUGACAUUGAACUUGGUUUGGGAGAGGAUCAGCUUGUGAAGUCCACUGUGGGUGGAAAGUCAUCACUGAAGGUGGAGGGAGAAUGUUACAAACUGUGGCUGAACAUAGUUCUGUCAAAAAUAUAUACUUACGUUACAUUUAUUGAAGCUCCCUGACAGGAUGCUUGAGUAACAAUUUAAGUUUAUACAGUAAUCAUUAUAAAAGGUUUAUUUCAUAACUGAUAAACUCACUAAAACAAGCAGGUUUACAAUCCUUUACAACCAGACCAAUUUUAAUAGUUUUUCUUCUAUUUUUUAAAUAGUUAAACAAACCUUCAGAACCCAAUGGAAAUUCUUCUCAAGCAAUGGAGCAGGUAUUUAAAACUACAAAAAUAAUGGGAUUUUUUACAGUUAGCUAUCAAAAGAGCUGGAAGAGUUUAGAAAUUCUGGGAACUGAGUUUUGAGGAACAAUAACUGCACUUUCACUUCAGGAUGCACCCCUGGCAGUGGAGUUGGAGAAUUUUGAGUAAUCAACCAAAAUGUGUUCUGUUCAAAAAUGCUAGGUGUUACAACUAAGAAAUAAGUAGCCAUGAUUAAGGCAAAGAAAGUAUAAAGGAACAAAUUUUAUGGCAGUACGUGCAUACAGCACCAGUUAGAAACCUGUUCAUUGUUGUAUCUGUAAGUACUAUGCUUCCAUCAAUUCACCAUGCUUUAAAGUUUUUUAGUACAUUUCUAAUAUUCAAGUGAGACUAUUGAUAUUGUUGAAUUUGCACAGGAUCAGCCAGCUGUGGAAGGUACAAGUAUUCCAACAGACAUCUCUGAUUACAUUGAAAGGAUUGAUCAGGAUGAGGAUGAGGAAGAGGUUUGAGCUUUAAUGUUAUAAUUAUUAUAAUUACAAUAAUGAGAUUGCUUGUAGUAGUUGUUGUUUUUUUAAUUUAUCUUUGUGUAUCUGUCAGCAAGUUGUAUUGGUAUUCUUAUUACAGACCUGCUUUUAUCUUUACUAUACUGUACAACUUAAACACAGAUCUCUGACCCAGAAAACGGGAAAUUCCCAUUUUGAUUUAUGAGCAUUUUGAGCUACAGAAUCUGCUGUUUAGUGAUAUGUCAAUUUGUCAGAUAAAUUUAUAUUUUUAUAUUAGUGAAAUGAGUUACGACAAUGACAACAUACUCUCAACAAGGUUUCAUCAUUUUGAUGGUUUCAUCAAAGGACCUAGAAGUUAGAUCUGCAAAUGACUUCAUUAAGGGGUUAUUGUAUAAUGAGACUUAUAUAAAAUGCAUUGGUUUUGUUCAAACUUGUUUUCAGAGCCAGACAUACUCAUUUGAGGUUGCACAGGAGCACAUUGAAACAUUACAAAGAAAGUAAGUUCUGCUAAUUUGCUGCAGCCCUCCUCCAAACGGGCCUUAGAUAGAGACACACACAAGCAAUUUUUGUUGAGUUUCUAUUCAAUGUUUUUAUUUUAUCUUUUUGUGAUCUCGCCCAUCUGGACACCUUCAUGAUCGUCCCAUCUCUGAUCAUCUCCUACUGCACAAGUAGGUACCUACCCACCUCCUUCACCCCACCCCCCACUCCCCUCACCUAAUCACUAAAACACUAAUUUUUUAUGAAAGACUUGCACAUCCAGUUAAUCAAACUAUACACCAAAUGUAUUAUUUUUGUGACUUGUCCUAAGCAAUUUUAGAAAUUUACAUGUUGAUUUUCUCAUCACAGGUGUAUUGAACUGGAUUAUCCAUUGUUAGCUGAAUAUGAUUUCAAAAAUGACUCAGUAAAUCCUGACUUAAAGUAAGUUACUCAAUGCCGUUGUUACGUUGUUAAAUGCUUCAGCCCUUUAUAAUAAAAUGUUUCUCAGUCAGUGAAGUGGACAGGGUAAAGUAGUAACCCGUACGUAGUUUCAUAUCAUGCAGUAUGAUUUGUUGUUUUAAUGAACAUAACUCUAAGCAUUUCUUCCUUAGUAUUGACUUGAAGCCAACGACAGUAUUAAGACCAUAUCAGGUACCUCAUGUUCAAAUGAAUGUCUUAGAUCUCAGAUCUGAAACUAAGGUUUAAAAAAUUUGUUACAGUUGUUAAGACAAUGAAGCAUUUCUUUCACAGUUGGAACAAUCUUUGUUUGAUCCUAACUGUAUCUUUCAAUCAAUCAAUCAAUCAAUCAAUCCACUUUAUUUAAACACGGUAAAUGGCUCAGCAAGCUGAGAUCUUUAAAAGAAUACCUCUAGCUAAAAAUGGGCGCUUUAAAGUUCACUUUUUCACAGAUGGUAGCUUUAAGAAACUUUUUAGAUCUUGGCCUUUUUGCAAGUAGUGUUCAUCCAAAAUCAUUUUCAUCAGGCAUGGAGAGGGAAAAAAUUUAUUGGUUUUUAUUCUACUCUCUCUAGGAAAAGAGUCUUCGGAAGAUGUUUGGAAAUGGAAGAGCGAGAUCUGGCGUGAUUGUACUUCCUUGUGGUGAGCUUUUCAUUAUUCUGAUGACUUCUACCUUGAGUGGUGUGCGAAAGGAAUUCUUCCAAUUUUUUUAAACCUACUGUAUUUUAGUUAGUUUAUUUUCUGGUUCGACAGUGUCUUCAGAUAACUUUCGCUUGAAAAAUAGUGCUAAGUUCUGCAAUCAAAUCGUUUUUAGUGUCACAGUUUACUGGUCACCGUUUAGCAAAACUUUAUUUGCUGGUCAGUGGUGCUGAAAAGUUCUUUUUCUACAUUGUUGGUUUUGAAAUGUUGUUCGCUAUCAGGAGAAACGUUUUCUCAGGUUCUGGUGUUUUUUUCUGGAUAUGAACGUAUCGUUUUAUUGCAUCUCAUAUCACAGGUGCGGGUAAGACCCUGGUUGGUGUGACUGCGGCUUGUACAGUGAGGAAAAGAUGUUUAGUACUGUGUACUUCAGGUAAGCCGCUCCUUGUAACUCCCUGGAAUAAUUGUGGAAGUGUAGAUCUCUAGAGGUUCCAUUUUCACCCUUCAACUUAUAAUAGCCAUUACUACGAUUUAUUUUCUUGAAGGUGUUGCAGUGGAACAGUGGAGGAGUCAGGUAUUGUUCUGUCGUGUAAAUAUUUCCUGUUCCAGUUAUUAAUGUUCACACGAUGUUAACUUUUCUUUUAUUUUCAGUUCAAAAUGUGGUCCACAAUUGAUGAUCGCACAAUCUGUCGUUUUACCUCUGAUGCCAAAGACAAACCUGUUAGUGAGUAUUGGGUGGGUGGGUGGAAGGGUAGGUGAUGAUUAAGAUGCUGUAUUGAAGAGUUGAGUGGAGUGGGGUGAGGAAGGAUGGGGAUAACAGAAACUGUCAGGGGGUAUUAGAUGUGUGAGUGGGGUGUGUAGGUGAUGAUAAAGAUGCUGCAUUGAAGAGUUGGGUGGAGUGGAGAUGUUUUUAUAACAGGUGUGAGUGGGGUGGGUAGGUGAUGAUAAAGAUGCUGCAUUGAAGAGUUGGGUGGGGUGGGGAUGGGUAUAACAGGUGUGAGUAGGGUGGUUAGCUGAUGAUAAAGAUGCUGUAUUGAGGACUUGGGUGGGGUGGGAUGGGCAGAAAGCGUAUCUGUGAGUAUUGAAGAUCAAGCUGGGAUGUGAAAACAAAGUGUAUUGAAGGGUCGCAGUGGUUUAAAGUUUGCUAUCUAUUGAUCUUGCAAUUUUAUCCUGAGUGGAAAGAAAUAACCCAUACUGCCUGUAAAGCUUACAACCAGUGGCUGUGAUCAAUACACAUCACACCUCUUGCAUUGUUUACUUUGAUGCUUACAUAAGCACUUCACUGGUCCUAUUUUACUGUCAACAGAUUGUAAUAUAGCUAUUUCAACUUAUUCUAUGGUGUCAUUCACUGGCAAGCGAUCUUGGGAAGCUGGAGAGGUUAGUGUCAUGACAUCUACCUCUAAGUUUGAUUUCGUUUAACUCCAUUGUCAAGCGUUUCAGCUUAUGAAUCCAAAAAUGCAGUCAUAGUCAUUUUGAAACUUUAUCUGUUUUUAAGGUGAUGAACUUUUUACAGACUCAGGAAUGGGGUCUGAUGAUAUUAGAUGGUAAGCCGUCUAAAGAUUUAGUUUUCGUCAUAAAAAAAUAUGUGUGCUCCAUAUUUAUGACGCAUCUUUCGUUUUUCUUUAUUUAGAGGUUCAUACGAUCCCAGCCAAACAGUUUAGAAGAGUGUUAACAGGUACUGAGUUAUGACUGAUUAACAACCUUUUGUUGAUAUCAUUACUGUCAUAAAGAUUUUUAACAGUUACUUCCAUUUGCGAAAAACUGUAGUGGGCUUCCCUUUUCUGAAAAACCGUUGAAAUCUCAGUUGUGCUGCAACUAAACAAUCUAAGUUUUUUGUAUUGCGCUUUUAAAAAAACUUUGAUGCAUGUGGCGCAAAAAAUAAAUUGAAGAAACAUCAGAAUGUGCAGAGGAAACUUCUAAAUCGAAUUGAGCUGACUUUGAAAUACCUUAAACAACGCUCCUUUAUAACAAUUAUUGAAGAUUUUAUUGUGAAUUAAUUUUAUGUUGACGUGAUUCUUGACUGGAAACCUGAUUUCAAUCGCUGUUGUCGCAACUAAUCAGCAACUACCAUGCUUUCCAUAUACAGUGUAACUGAAUAUUGAUUUGUGAAAAUGUGAAGCAAGGUAGUUAUACUUCGUGUUUCUCUUUGUUUGACUAGUUGUUCAAGCACAUUGCAAACUGGGACUCACAGCAACUCUGGUACGAGAGGAUGAUAAGAUUCAGGUGUGUAUGGACCUGCUGAUCAGCCUUGAAAGAUAGAUUUGAUUGUUUCGUUCUUAUCAGCUCUGGUAAAAAUGUAAAAAUGGACUGUUUUGCAUCCAGAAAAAUGCUACACAAACUAGAUGUAUUUAAUAGUGUUCAUAUGGCUUAACCAUUAGGCUUGAAAAAAAUGGCUGUGUGUCGGUGCAAAUAACUAUGUUCCUCAAUUUUACAGGAUCUAAAUUUCCUUAUUGGCCCUAAGCUUUACGAAGCUAACUGGAUGGAACUACAAAACAAUGGAUUUAUCGCACGAGUCCAGUGUGCAGAGGUAUGAUAUCAAUAUUGACUUUUCCUUGCAGUUUUCAAUUAAACGAUUUCAUACAUCCUUUUGUCAUAACUUGUGUUCUAUUUCUAGGUGUGGUGUCCAAUGACACCUGAGUUUUAUAGAGAAUAUCUGAACAUCAGAACAAGGAAGAGAAAGGUAUUAAAAAACCCAACAACAUGAUAAACUUCUUAUCAUUUCAGCUAUUUCUUAGACGAUGUAGUGUAAAUUUCAAGAAACACUAUUUAUUAGCUCUCCUGAUUGAUACGUAGGACUUGGCCAUCAUUUACCUUCGCUUAUAUGAUCUGUCCACUUAACUAAAGAGAUUCAUCUUCGCUUUUCAUAUUAUGUUUCAUUCCAGUCACCACAUUCUGGAAUGCCUGGAAUGUUUUCAAAAUAAUGGCUUAUGGCUUCGCCCAAAAGGGUUACCUUUUUCAGGCUUCAGGUGUAUGAAAGGGUAGGGAUUUUAGUAGUUGAAGUGUAUGAAAGGGUCGGGAAAUCUGUCAUUUGGAUCUGUAAAAAGGCUCAAAAGGACUAACGGACACAUUUUAUGAAUGCGAAAGAGACGAGAAAACUUCCUGGUUUACUAACGGUUGUUGUCUUGACCAUUUUGCAGUUAUCUCGGUGUGUUAGCUUCUAGAUAUCAGUUUACGCAGCCAGUCUUAAUUGACUCAGCAGAGGAAUAAUUUAUAGUACUUGAGUUUAAAUUCAUCUUUUCUUUUGUCGUUUUAGUUAUUGUAUGUUAUGAACCCAAACAAGUUUCGGUCUUGUGAGGUGAGUACAAAGCAGCUGUCAGCUGCUUAAUACUGUAUUAUGAAAGUGAAUAUAUGAGGAACGUUUCAUAAAUUUUAAAUACAGGAAAAAGAUUUAACAUACUAUGACCUGGUACAAAGCUGUUUUUCUCCUUAACUUUACUCCAUGUGCUCAUCAUAUUAUUUUUUCCUCCGCAGUUUUUGAUUCGUUACCAUGAAAGGUAAGAAACUGAAAGCAAGGGCUUAUAAUCCAAUGUGUUAUAAAAUCUUCAACCUAAGAAAGUUUGUCUCUUUAGACCUGCAAAUCUUGUUAUAUAUUUUCCUUUCUUCAGACGGAAUGACAAAGUCAUUGUGUUCUCGGACAACGUGUUUGCUCUCAAAAAAUACGCUGAAAAAUUAAAGAAGUAAGUUAUGUGAUUCAUAUCUGUAAUUUCCAAAUGUCUUAUCGAGGCUUUAAUGUAUUGACUGAUAUCUCUGCUUUUAGACCUUUUAUUUACGGGCCAACUUCUCAAGGUGAACGAAUGCAGAUUUUGCAAAACUUUCAACACAAUCCUGUUGUCAACACCAUAUUCAUCUCCAAGGUAAGACUCUCUGUGUUGUAUUAGGCCCUGUCCACAUCAAUGCGUUUUCAAAAGUAUGCUUUUUCGUUUUCAUGGAAAACGUAUCGAUCGAUUCGCUUCCAUACUACCGUUUCGAUGCGUUUUCAAUUGUCUGCACAAAAACUUUCGAAAACGUGACGUAAGCUGCAUCCUCAGAGACCCAGGGGCAGUCAGUCGGGUCAGGAGAAAAGGCGAGACGAAAGUUUAAAACUACGGGCCCCUGGGUACCGACUCUCACCGAACUAUUUCCAAAAAUUCAAGCUGAUGCCGGCUCCUGAUUGGGCACAAAAAAUUCUUUGUAUUAUUGUGCCCAAUCGGCGAACGGUUUCUCCUGAGUUCCUUUCGUGAGUUCGUACACGACGGCUACUGUCUCGAUCACGCCUUGUCUGGCUAAUGCACCAGAGAAAUGCACACAGUCAGGAAACUUUCAGUUUGAUAUAAAAUCCCCGUCUGCAGGGUUGUCAAAACGAUUUUAAGGAGCAGGAGAAUAAGAGAAUGUAGCCGGCAUGUGUCUCCCGGCGGGGCUGGUAGGGGAAGACAUAUCGCUACUGAUAUAAACACUUCAAUCCAGGUUACUAGCAGCUGUCAAACAUUAUAGCAUCGAUACUGCGUCUGAAUUACUAAGUGAAACUUUGGUAGAAGCAUGCAAAGAAGCCGGAUGAAAAGCGAGAGGCAGCAAAAUUAAAUGCAAACCACAAAACAAAUGGUUCGAUCAGGUCGAGGAACACAUAUCACUAGGGCUACGUGUAUCCCAGGCAGGAGAACACAUAUCACUGGGAAUGUGUUUCCCAGGUUGGGGAACACAUAUCACCAGGGAUAUGUGUUUUCCACUUAAAAUCGUUUGGACAACCCUGCAGACGGGGAUUUUAUAUCAAACUGAAAGUUUCCUGACUGUGUGCAUUUCUCUGGUGCAUUAGCCAGACAAGGCGUGAUCGAGACAGUAGCCGUGGUGUACGAACUCGCGAAAAGAACUCAGGAGAAAGUGUUCGCCGAUUGGGCACAAUAAUACAAAGCAUUUUUUGUGCCCAAUCAGGAGCCGGCAUCCGCUUGAAUUUUUGGAAAUAGUUCGGUGAGAGUCGGUACCCAGGGGCUCUUUUGCCCGUACUUGAAAACUUUCGUCUCGCCUUUUCUCCCGACCCGACUGACUGUCCUUGGGUCUCCGAGGAUGCGUUUUCGACCGCCCACAUUAAUACGAUAUGUAUGCUUUUUACCUACUUUCAAGAGCGGUUUCAAAUCAUUUACGAUGAAAAGGUUCAUCCUAUUAAUGUGGACGGAAGGCCUAAAAGCGUGGAAAUGUAAAACGAAUUCUUGUGGACGGCGCCUUAGAAAUGUCAUGGAUAAGCUAGCCCACACCUUACGGCAUAUCAUUUAUUUUUGUUUAAUUUCCAGGUUGGGGAUAAUUCUUUUGAUCUCCCUGAAGCAAAUGUCCUGAUUCAGGUAAAAUGUACACAGUUAAUUAUGUCAAUUGAGUUUGAAUUCAGACAGUAAAGGAUUUUCAUCUCUAUUUGCUUUUUGGUCAGAUUUCUUCACACGGUGGCUCCAGAAGACAGGUUAGUGUGGUUACUUAUUCCUCACUGAGUUACUUUCUCCUUAAUGUCCAGAGUUAAGAGGUGGUUUAUCAUAUCUUGAGUUCUCCUCUUUGUUAACAAAUUAAGCAUGUAGACAUUUCCUGUAAUUUGCAUUUUAUAGUGGUCUGUGUUUUUUGUGGCAUAAUUAAAUGCUUUUAUUUCUUCUCUUCUCAAACGAGGAAACCGUUACUUGUACAGGUGCAGUUAAAUAUUUAUAAUUUUUCAGCUCUGCUCUUUCUGUUGUUUUUAUUAGUCUCGCUUGCGUAAGCAGCGAGACCCAUAAUCUGCAACGCGUUUUUCUUCGCAUUUAGGACACAAAAGGGGGAUCAUUGUGCCAGGCGUUCCUUGUGGAGACCGUGGAAACUGGGAGUAGGAAUCGUUGCAUGAUCGAGGCCGCGCAUGUUUUGCGAAUUAAAUUUAGAGCUUUUCCGAAACGUGUCGGUCCACGAAUUCAAAGCGUUGAUUACUUUGGAACAAGUGAACACUAAUGAGUGGUCGAAAAAAAAUAAGAAUCUUGAUUAGCAAAGCUGCGAUGGUCAUUGUAUGCAAAAAGUUCUUUUGAUGAGCAUGCGGUUUAUUUUCAGCGAUGAUUGAAAUGACGUGCCAUGUAAAUCACUUCUUUGAUCUCUGGCAAUGAUAAUCGAGGCCCUUGAAUUUUCGUGUAUUUAUACACGCGUUUAGCCUGCGACCUCAGACGUAUUUCUGGUCGUCGCUAACACGCAUACUAAAUCAACUCAGAAACAAAUAAAAAAAAUCGACGAUAAACUAGGAAGUGAAAAACCUUUAGAGAGUAAAUCUUGUUUCGUGUAGAAUUAAUCGCCCUCUUAUUUCUCGAUCCAAUCUCAAAGCAAGCGAGACUGGACGUCGCUAUAAGAGAGUUCUUGUCUCUAUUUUUAUUAUUUUUAGUAGUAUUCAUUCCUUUAUUUAUUUACUUUAUUUAUUUGCUUUCUUAGGAAGCACAGCGUCUAGGAAGAAUCCUCCGAGCGAAGAAAGGUAGCUUUAUUUUUCAAUUUGGUCAUAACUUUAACCUCGACAAAAAGAAACAGAAGGAAAAUAUUUAUCUUACUUCAGGUCACACCUUCCAUGACUCCUACAAACGGUAAACGUUACUUAUGCUUUAUAUUUUGUAGAUAUGGCUGCCGAGGAAUAUAACGCAUUCUUUUAUACGCUAGUCUCCACGGUAAGCAGAACAACUAAAGGCCUGAUCUAUUAGCAUCUCACAUAAAUUCAUAGGCUUUGAUCCUUGCCUGCUGUCUGCAUUCUUUUGAGCAGAAUCUAUUAGCUUUGUCUUUUUAGCUGAGAACAUCGCAAGUCGUCUUCUCCUAACUACUUAGCCGGACUACGUCAGAUAAUAUUCGAGCAAAACAUACUUAACAUUCAGUAUCUGGGGUACUGUUCUUGCAGGAAGAGCUGCCCUUAAACGUUACACUAAAUGUAAACUUACAAAUCCUUCAGCCUGUCUAGAUAUUUUUCUUAUACCCCGGUUACACAAGUCAAGGACCAUUUGAUCCUGUAAAUAAGAAAUCUUAAUUGACAAGUUUAUUCCGGGGCCUUGUCAAGGAAACUCAUACAAACUGAAUGGGACUUUGAUUGUCAUGAUCGUCCUUUUCUGUUGCUUUCAAUCAAGUAAUAGCGUACGUUCUCGCUUUUCUGCCCAGCUAUUUCUUAGUAUGUGGUACCAUGUUUUUCUACCUACAGGAUACUGAUGAAAUGUACUACUCUUCAAAACGACAAAGGUUUCUGGUGAAUCAAGGAUACAGUUUCAAGGUGCGCUGAUCUGCGUUACAGUUCUAAGGUGCAAUCGUUUGUAAUUGUUCUGUUCCGUGAGUAACUGUUCUUGUUUGUGUCUAUUUUGAAGGUCAUUACAAGACUGGCUGGUAUGGAGGAGGUAAUAUUUUCCUUUCACUUAGAAAUUGCUCUUGCACACUCCUUUGCGUGUCUAUAUAUGGCCUGUGAUGGGUUUAAAUAAAACGUUAACAAGACUAAAUUUGUAAAUCAAGCGUGAAUUAGUGAAGGUCUGUUUGUUGGAACGUAAGGUAUAUUAUUAUUGCAUGAGAAAAUGUAAUUAUACUUCUUUUCCAAUCCGACGACAAGAUUUCACUGACAAGACUUUGCGUAAGAGUACUCUUUUUAAUCCAAACAAAUGUUCAUAGCAUUUCUUAAAUUUGCUACUUUGGCGAAGGAACAAAUUCAUAGGAUAACAAUGAGGCUGCAUUGGGAUACAUGUACAACGUUCAUGUUUAAUGAUGUCCACUUAUCAAUUGAUCAAACACUCCAUUCUUAAGCUAAAAGAUCAGUUGGUAACAGCUAACAUUUGAGCAUUCAUAUUGUCAAACAGGAGAAUUUAGAACUGGGAGACAAGAGAAAGCAACAAGAGCUACUUCAGCAGGUGUGUAUACUGUUUAAUUUGCAAAAUCCGUUAGAAAUGACCUCCUCUAUCCUCUCAAAAAUAGUUUUAUGCUUAAUCCAGCUGAAGGUACGGUCUCGGGGAAUAUUUUGUUUGUAGUCUGACUAUUCGCAGCCUUCUGGUGACAUCAUCUAGUGAGUGUACUCCUGAAUAUGACUGUUGAUGACAGUGUGUUUGUUUACACUCAAUCUUGUGACAUAUCUUGUAACGCUUUGCUGUGCAGGUCCUUGCUGCUAGUGAUGCAGAUGCUGAUGAAGAAAGAGUCGCAUCUGAUUCAAUCAGCCGCAGCAGUUCAUCGGUGAGUGCUUUUUAUGAUGAGCGAGGGGAGCUGUGGGCCACGAGUGAGUGGAGGUAUAUUCAAGCCAGACGGGUGGCAAGAGAGAAGUAUGAUCGGAGUGCGGAGAACUAUACAAUUGCCAUCGUCAGAGUUUUAUUAUCCGGAAAUGCGUGGUAACAAUUUAUGUCAUUAGUAUGAUGGGGCUGGGGAGUUUUAUACUUUAGGUAUGGGAUUUGCUCACUGUUAUAGGUUCGUGCUGUGAUCUGGGAGGGGAGGGUGGGUGUACAAUCCCGUUGGAGGGGAUACAGGUGUGUCACAUCGGAGUCAGAGAUCAGAGAGCAUGGUUAUGAUUUGACAGUCCUAAGAUGUCAGUUAAUUGUGUUUGUAUUAUAUUUAUUUUGUAAAGCUAAAUGUGGCAAACACUUUAAUUAAGUUAGUCAAUCAUUUACUUUUCCAUUUGUGACCCAGUGACAGAGUACUUCUCCUUUACAAUGAGAUAUGAUCUCCUCGUGGUUUUUAUUUUAGAGCUCUUUGGUGUCUCGUCGACAAGGUUCUAUGGCGUCCAUGUCGGGAGCAGAUGACAUGAUAUACCUUGAGUACAAAAGCGGCGCUAAACAAACCAAGAACCGCCAUCCACUUUUUAAACAGUUCAGGAAGAAAUGAGUGUACACGUCAGAUAUCUCCAUCCCUAACGCGUUAAAAUGACGGAAAAGAAGAACACAUCCAAGUUGAGGAACCAUUUCUCUUAGAGCGCAAUUAAUAUUUCAAGCCUUAGAAAGUGGUUAUUUACUGAAGAAAAGCGGAAAAAGUGUUACUAUUUGUUCUCAUCGGUCUAGAAUCUUGUUCCAAGCUGAACCCAAAGUGUCUCAGCAAAUCAAAUUAAAGAUUAUUUAUGACUUUUCUGUUGAUGCUUUGUUGUUGUGAUAAAACUUCUUCAAAUUAGGUUUAAAUAGUUUGCUGUGACAGAUGACGUCAAUUUAUUUUUUAUGGAGGAUUCUCGCCAAGUAACACUCGGGACUUUUCAGCCAUAAAAGAGAAAAUAAUAAU